AUGGGUUCCAAUAUCAAAUCCAACUUCCACACGGUGAGCUUUGCAGCUCCAAGAGGGUUUGCAACGACAUUCAAAUCUGACCUCAAGGAAACCUUUUUCCCUGACGAUCCAUUCAAGCAAUUCAAGAAGGAGAAACCGCUUGGCCGUGUCAAGAAAGCCUUCCAAUAUUUCAUUCCCAUCUUUGAAUGGAUUCCCAAAUAUAGUUUGCGCAUGUUCCAGUUUGAUUUACUUGCUGGUAUAUCACCAUCACUAGCCUUGCCGACAUUCCUCAAGGAAUUAUCCUGUCAUCGGCCUCUAGACUCGAAGCAUGUUGCUGUGGGCACGUUGGGUACAAGCUCAUUGCUUAUUGCCGAAACCAUUAACAAAGUUGCAUCUCCAGAGGCUCAGCCCGCAUUGUACCUUCACUUGAUUUUUACGGUCACCUUUGUCACCGGAAUCUUUCAAGCAGCUCUAGGUCUAAGGUGA